AUGUUUCUCAAACCGAAUCACAACCUCCGCACUCUGAUCGCGACUUAUUUGUGCUGGUUUUGCCUCGAUCUGCCGUUCCAUGGCCUGGGCUUGAUGAAUGCGGAGAUCAUCAAUACCAUCUGGUAUGGGAAGGCCAUUCAGCCAGCGGGCGUCUACCAGUAUCUUUUGCGCGUGUCAUACCAAAGCAUUGGGGUCGUCUCAUCUGGUGCCAUUGUCGGCAGCGCAAUCGCUGUCAUGACGGUCGACCGCAUUGGCCGACGAAUUCUGCAGCUCUUGGGCUUUGCCUGGUUGUUCGUACUAAACGUGAUUGGGAUACUGAGACCAAUGGCUUGCAUAGGCCGGUUACUGACGGUCUUUGAGGUUUAAAUCGCUUUAUAUGGC